AUGGCGACCGUGUUGCGGCGUAAGAUAUGGGUGAAGCGACCGAAUCAGUCGGCAACGCUGGUGCAGAUUCAGGAGGAUGAUCUGGUGGACGACGUACGGGAUCUGAUCCUGCGCAAAUACCAGAACUCGCUGGGCAAGACCUUCGAUUCGCCUGACCUCACCUUGACGAUAGUGACGAGAAGUGAUCAUGCCGGACCCCGUACUUCACGCAUGCUUGGACCUGAAGAAGAGAUGUUCAGGACUAUAGACUCGUACUAUCCUGGCGGCCAGACUGUGGAAGAAGCACUCAUCAUCGACCUCCCUCAAAAGCGCACACCUAGACCCUCACCACGAGCAUUUCCGCAUCAAAGCCAUCACGCUAUCGACGACUUCCGCCCACAUGAAAAUGGCACUGACUACUUUCCACCUAUGCCUGUAACAAUACAACCUGCACUUCCUCCAAACACUCGAGAACACCAUAAUUCUGUCGCAGGUCAGGAUCACCCCAGAUCGAUAUCGGUUCUAAACACUGGUCAUGUACCUGCCUUGCCGUCUCCUGGGGGUAGAGCGCGUGGCCAUCGAGCUGAGCGAGAACAUAGACCAAAGUACGGCCGACAGCAUACAUCGUCGCCCACGAUAUUGUCGCAUGGCGCUACUGCUAAUCCCGCUGCCGCAGCACCCGCCAUAACUGGCGCACAUCUGCCUCUUAGGACAGCAGGAAGACCUAGAGUGGACUCCACCGCGUCCGAAUCGCAUCAUCCCAAUGGGAUACCGGCCGCGCCUCCUCUGCCCACUCCACCCGCUCCAGAAGCCCCGCCGACCGGGAAGAAUACAUCAUCUCCACCCACACCCAACGGCACCGCUCCUCCUGCUCACGGCCAUCGUAGUGCUCGACCCCGAAAAGUUAGGAAGCCAACUCCAGAUAAACCACAGUCUAGAAAACAGUCGCCUCUUCAAAUCGAUCCCUACAACCCCAGCAAAGAGUUGCCGAGCAUCUCAACUGUCUUGGACAGCUCAGUGCCUCCAAUCAAUGUCCUCAUUGUAGAGGACAAUAUCAUUAAUUUGCGAAUUUUGGAAGGCUUGAUGAAGAGGUUGAAGGUGCGGUGGCAAACGGCAAUGAAUGGACAGAUUGCGGUGGACAAGUAUAAAGCUGGCGGCUUUCACUUAGUGCUCAUGGACAUUCAAAUGCCAGUGAUGAACGGGCUGCAGGCCACAAAGGAGAUCAGAAGACUUGAGAGAGUAAACGGGAUUGGCGUCUUCUCUUCAACUCCUGGAACACCUAGUGAGAACGGGCCAGAUGGAAAUGGCAAUCCAAUGGACGACAAGACGAAGCGGAACCCCGAAGAUGACAAGCUUUCCAUGACUGAAGGCCUGUUCAAAUCCCCAGUGAUCAUCGUUGCUCUGACAGCUUCCUCGCUGCAAUCGGAUCGACACGAAGCACUGGCUGCUGGAUGCAACGACUUCUUGACCAAGCCUGUCAAUUUCGUCUGGCUGGAGCGCAAAGUCAAGGAAUGGGGCUGCAUGCAAGCGUUGAUCGAUUUUGAUGGGUGGCGAAAAUGGAAAGACUACGCUGCCAAGGAAGAAGAGAACAAAACCGAUGAGCAAAAGCAGAAGGAACGCGAACAGGCCGAGAAGCAAAAGAUCAAGAUGGAAAAGAUGGCAAAGCUGCAAGAGAAGCAACGCCAGAAGAAAGAAGAGGAGGCAAAAGAGAAGGAAAGACAACAGCGGGAGAGCAUGAGCGGUGAAGCACAGUCUCCAGCUCCUGCCCCAGAUGCUACUAAAGACGCACCCGUCAUUGCGGCGUAGCGAAGAAGCUUGCGAUCCAAAUUUGUCGAUGUGGGAGAGGCAUUGUUACAGUUUUGACUGAUGACCGGCAAGCGAGGCGUUUUGGGCAUCGAUUGGGAUGGCAUUUUGGGCUGGUGAUCAUUCCGCCCAGAGUGAUCUUUACUUCGAGCGACAUACCCAUACUGCGUGUUCGCAGCAUGCGCGAGCAUAGAUAUUCUAGCAAAACCUAAGGGGCCUGUGAUCCGAGUGAUAAGGGGAAUGCACACAUUCCUGUUUACUGAACGGCGCAGUAGGAUCGUUAUUAUUUGAGA